GCAAAGCUUCCAUGGAGGGGGCGGAGACGGAGGCGCGGGAGGGGGCCGCCGUGGCCCGGGACCUGCUGGCCCUGGGGUAUGAGGGCUUCCCGGGGGCGGCGUCGCUGAGCACCUCGUGCCCAGACUUCCGGGCGCUGUGCGCGCGGCUGGCGGCGGAGCUGGGGGCUCUGGGCGCGCUGGAGCGGGAGCCAGAGUGGUGCGCGAGGGCGCUGAGCGGCGGCGACGGCCCCGGCGCGGAGGAGGCGUUCCUGCGACAGCUGGCCGGCCUGCUGCGGGAGCUGCACUGCCCGGCGCGCGCGCUCGGCGGCGGGGACUGCGGGGCGGCGCUGCGGGAGCCCGGCGCGGGCCUGCGCCUGCUGCGCUUUCUCUGCUCCGAGCUCCAGGCAGCCCGCCUCCUCCGCCUGCACCCCUGGCUGGAUCCCCGCCCUGCGCCGCCCGGUGGCCAAGGGGCAGAGGGGAGAGCCGUGGUCCAGGAACUGGUCCUUACUCUUCAAGCCCUGGGGCUGCCCAGACCCGCGCCGGGGACCCCUGCCAGCCGGCUGCUGCGGGAGUUGCACGCCAAGGUCUCGGAGCUGCUGCCCUCCCUGCCCCGGGGGUCCCUGCAGCCCCUCCUCAGCUCCCCGCUGGAUGCGCCCAGAUGGGAGGCGUUGGAGUCCCUGGCCCAGAGCCUGCAAGAGCAGUACUGCUGCCGCCGCCGGCUCCUCCUCCGGCGUUUGGACCUCACGACGUCGGCUUUCCACUGGAGUGACCGCGCAGAGGUCCAUGGAGAGGCCAUGAAGGCAGUGCUGAUCCCAAUCCGAGAGGCUCUGACCCCGGAAGCAGAGGUCUCCAUCGCACACGUCCUGGCUGCCCGAGCCGACCUGUCUCGUCUCGUCCCAGCCACCAGCAAGGCUGCCCGCCGAGGGACCUGCUGUGCCAUCAAUAAGGUGCUUAUGGGCGACGUGCCAGACCGAGGGGGCCGCCCCAGUGAGCUGGAGGCUCCCAUGCCCAGCUGGAAGGACAGAAGAGAGGACAGAGGUGGGCAGAAGGCAGGCCGCCAGGGCUGGGGCCACAAGAAGAAGAAGAAGAAGUAAAGGGGACCGGUGGUGGGGAGGGGUCCCCUACGAGAUGCUGACGCCAUCGAUGACCUCUGGAGGCUCAGUCUCAGGGUUUGCCUGGGCACCUGGCACCCAGGCCCCACAUCCCCCAUCCCUGGGGGGGACUGUCCCCCCCAUGUCCACCACUCAACACCAAAGACCGUGUUCUCUGGAAAAUAAAUUUAAUUUCUGACA